AUGUUUCACGAGUCAUUUAACCUUGGCUAUGCGAGUAAUAAUGGUAACAAUGACCACUGGCUGAUUCAGCUCUCAAUCGUCCGCCUCAUCGUCAAUGGCCAGGUCCAAGUGGCAACGUUCUACGUCUUAUCGGGGGUCUCACUAUCUUUGAAGCCGCUCAGACUCGCCCGCAGUCACGCAUUCGACAAAUUCCAUGAGACGAUGUUCUCAUCGGUAUUUCGACGCGCUCUGCGACUGUACCUUCCAAUAUUCGCUGUACAGACCGGAGUAUUCAUCGCGACGCUGCUUGGCCUGUAUGACCAUGGAUUCGCGCUUUCCAAAAACUGGCCGUAUGGCGGUACCAACGAGUUCAUGCACAAUGUCUUCGAUUCGAAAUGGGCCCAAACAGAGGACUGGCUACGUGCGAUGUGGAACUUUGCGAAUCCGUUCCUUCCGGAUCGACCAUUGUACGACGUCCACCUGUGGACUAUUCCCAUUGAGUUCCGCAAUUCGGUCAUUUUGUUCGUUACGCUCGUCGGCCUUUCCAAGCUCAAGGCUAGGAUCCGCAUCAGUCUCACUGUGCUAUUGUGGGUAUAUUGCAUGAGCCUCGGACUCAUUGAGAGCGAGACGGCACUGUUCAUAGCCGGUAUGGCCAUCGCAGAAUUUAUCCUCAUCCAGGAAGAGUGCGGAAAGCAAUCGCCUCUAACAGGUAUUUCGACCAAGCGGCGGAGCAUGCCUUCCCACGUACAAUGCGCGUGCUGGUUCGCUGUGGGCAUUUUCGGUCUGCACCUCCUCUCGUGGCCGCCAUGGUACGCCGAUCGCACACCAGGUUACAGAACUUUGUCCAGAAUGACACCUUGGACCCAGCUCAAAGAGUAUUUCUGGCAGCGCAUCGGUGCUGCCGUUUUCGUCUUCGCCCUGGCCGGUUCUGCACUCCUACGCUUCCCCUUUCAGACUCGGCUUGCCAUUUACCUGGGGAAAAUAUCGUUUCCGCUGUACAUUGUCCAUGGCCCCCUGAACCACACGCUGGGCUUUUGGCUCGUGGAGGCGUACUUCAAGAUCACGGGGUCGGAGACGUUUGCUGGUUAUGAAACGGGCGUCUUCCUCGCCUUCUGCACUGAAGCGGUUGUCGUCGUGUGGCUUGCGGAUCUGGUAAUGCGGACUGUGGAUGGUCCCAGUGUGAGGUUUGGACGCUGGUUGCAGGGCAGGUGGGAGUUGCGGACCUGA